CAUCCAGCAGAGACAGAAUGAUGCCACGACUGCAGCUCUUCAUCACUUUACUGCUUCACUUUGGAGCAGGAAUCAGUGAUGGAUGGAUCGAUCUCUAUGACAGACCUGGAGAUUACUGGCAUGACUCGGUUUAUGAUUAUAAUUCCACACUUGUGGAUCUGAAAGCUUUAUCAGGAGUAAUUGUUCUCCAUCACGAAGCUGGAGAUGACGUCGUUUUACCAUGUCAAAUUGAAUCUUCAUCCGACGACUGUUUUAAUCCAUACUGGAUUUACAACAACAUUCAAAAUGCUGAACACAUCAAGGUUCGUUUGGGAUAUAUUGAGGAGGAGUCACCUGGAGCUGACAGGAUGAAUGUGAGCAGUAACUGCUCUCUGAUCAUCAACAACAUCACUGCUGAAGAUGCUGGUUAUUACAGCUGUUGGAAUGGAUAUGGUUAUUCCGCACAUGUGUAUCUGAAUGUUGUGACAGCAGGAAUUGUUCUCCAUCACAGAGCUGGAGAUGACGUUGUUUUACCAUGUCACCUUGAAUUUACAUCCGACGACUGUUAUCAUCUUGACUGGAUUUACAAAAACAUUCAAAAUGCAGAUGGACACUUCAAGGUUAUUGAUGGAGAUUUUGUGAAGACGUCACCUGGAGCUGACAGGAUGAGUUUGGGUCACUGCUCUCUGAUCAUCGUCAGCAUCACUGCUGAAGAUGCUGGUCGUUACACCUGUAGGGAUGGAUAUGGUUAUUCCGCACAUGUGUUUCUGAAUGUUGUAACAG